CCUCCUUCCCCCCCCCCCCACAAACCUCAGACUUAGGAGGCCCAGGCCGCCGCCGCCGCCAGUUCUCGGCGGGGGACGAGUUCGCGUGUUCCGCUCACCCAGUCAGGUUUGGGCUUUCCGUAGCUCUCGCUUUCUUCUUCCCGCCUCGCCCGCUCGCUCCUGCUCAGAGUCGCCCCCAGGCCCGUUCUCGGUGUGUCCCAUGGACAGGCACAAAGUGAAGCGCCAGAGGCUGGACCGCAUUUGUGAAGGCAUAAGGCCUCCUAUUGGUAAUGGUCCAAUGCCAGCCCGUCCAUUGGUUGCCCUCCUUGAUGGCAGGGAUUGCACUGUAGAAAUGCCUAUCCUGAAAGAUGUUGCCACAGUGGCUUUCUGUGAUGCACAAUCAACUCAGGAAAUCCAUGAAAAGGUUCUAAAUGAAGCUGUUGGGGCUCUGAUGUACCACACCAUUACCUUGUCGCGCCAGGACCUGGAGAAAUUCAAAGCUCUCCGGGUCAUUGUGCGAAUUGGCAGUGGCUAUGACAAUGUGGAUAUCAAGUCAGCUGCAGAAUUAGGCAUUGCAGUAUGCAACAUCCCUUCAUCUUCUGUAGAAGAAACAGCUGAUUCUACCCUCUGCCACAUCCUGAACCUUUAUCGUCGGGUUACAUGGCUUCACCAAGCCAUGCGAGAAGGAAACAGAGCCUCGAGUAUGGAGCAAAUCAGAGAAGUGGCUGGUGGUGCUGUACGUAUCCGUGGUGAGACCUUGGGCAUCAUUGGCCUUGGCCGAAUUGGGCAAGCAGUUGCCUUACGUGCAAAACCCUUUGGUUUCAACAUUAUUUUUUAUGAUCCUUAUUUGCCUGAUGGAGUGGAGCGUUCCUUGGGAUUACAACGGAUGGCCACCUUGCAAGAUCUCCUAAUGCACAGUGAUUGCAUCACAUUACACUGCAGUCUAAAUGAACAUAACCAUCAUCUCAUCAAUGACUUCACCAUUAAACAGAUGCGUCAGGGUUGCUUUCUAGUGAAUACAGCUCGUGGAGGUCUGAUUGAAGAGAAGGCCCUAGCUCAAGCCCUAAAGGAAGGGAGGAUCAGAGGGGCUGCUCUUGAUGUGCAUGAGUCAGAACCUUUCAGUUUUGCUAAUGGGCCCCUAAAAGAUGCUCCCAAUGUGAUUUGUACUCCUCACACAGCCUGGUACAGUGAACAGGCUUCUAUUGAGUCGAGAGAGGAUGCGGCUAAGGAGAUCCGAAGAGCCAUCACAGGUCACAUACCUGAUGGUUUGAGGAACUGUGUUAACAAGGAAUACUUGCUUUUAGCGGCUCAGUGGUCUAGCAUUGAUCCUGCAGCUGUACAUCCAGAGCUUAAUGGAGCUACAGCUUACAGGUUUACUCCAGGAGUAGUAGGAGUAGGAACCUCUGGGCUGCCGGAGCCACCAGUUGAGGGAAUUGUAGCUCACAGCAUUCCCUCUGUGUCUCACUCUGCACCACACACUCCUUCUCCAGGAGAGUCAAGCAAAUUGGAGCCAGACAGAGAAAUCUCCACUGACCAGUAGCACCUCUCUUGUCUUAUUCAACCCUUAAAAUAAAACAGGAAAAGUCUCCUGUUUUUAGGACAUAUUGUGACACCCCCUCCUCUCCUGGACUGCUUCCUCAACGGACAGGAGAAUGCAUUUCAUUAUUGGCAAAUUCUAGCUUUUGCCUUUAAACAGGUAUUUUUAUAAUGAAUUUAGUUUAAAUCUCUGGUGAAUCCCUUUACCUGGGGCAAUGAAGUAGUGAUUUUUCAUUAUUUUGAUAAUGCUUAGUUUUAACAUGCAAAUUCAUAUGCCCCUGCCUCCAGUAUAUGAUAGAGAGAAAAACAGUACCAAACUGAACAGUACCUGGAUGAACACAUGAAUUCCAGUGAUUUCUAUGACUGGCGUGGUUUUUAACGUGAUUUCUUAGGUUGAGUAUCAGUUACGUCUCAGGUACAAGUAAUAAAAACACUGUAUUGGGAUAGGGUGGGGGAAGCUGUGCAUCUGGAUUGCUUGAUAGAAAGAAGCAGAAUUCUUGCUCAGUUGUGAGCACUUACUACUUCAAUCCUUCCUGCUUGCAUUAACCCGAUGUGGUUGUUGAAUGAUUUGUUCCCAGGGCUAUGGAUAAAUAAUUACAAAAACACAGCGUGGAUGUGGAAUUCUGUCUGGAAUUUGUAUGUAAAACAUUUACAGAAAAUCAGUUGAAUUGUUUUAAUAGUUUAGAUGCUUGGCGGGAAGGAAGAUGAUUGAAUUGAGAUUUUGAGCCUAGCUCAGGGAAUGAGGACUCAGCUCCACGCAGGAAAGUAGGAGGAAUUUUAGAGCUCAAGACUUACAGGAUGUCUGCGUACAAAUAGUGCAAACUUUGCAGCAACAAAAAAGGUAAAAUCCUAGAACUUAAUUUAGGAUUGAAGUUUCUUUGACCCGUCUCUUUAUAGCUUCAAAGGCCAAGCUAGGAUUUUUUCCCUUUUGAUUUUGUCUAGUGUGAAAUGUAUUAGGGAUGUGUGUGUCCAGUCUUCAUAUUUUUUUUUUACUCCUACUCUUCUCUGAAUUCCUUGUUUUGCAACAAACAAACCAACAGAUCUUAUUCUCAAGCCUGCAGCUAGCUAUGCACAUUCUUCCUGAAAGAUGCAGUUGUUCUAUUCUAUGACAGUUUUCUAACUUGAGUGUGUUUUAAAUGAGGCAUUUAAACUCUAUAUAGAGGCAGUACUAGAGUAUAAUUUGUGGGGGUGGGGUGGGGGAAAAUUGCUUUUUCCUUAGCAUAUUGUCUACACAGCAUAUAUUUCAUCAUGAAACAAAAUAUUUAUUAAUGUUCAUAUAUAUUAUUUUUACAUUGUUUGGAAUUUUGAGCAUGAAAAAUUAUGUUUUUUUAACCAAUCUGCUUAAGUAUACAGCUAAGAGAUAAAUUUGGGGAGUGGAAAAUGGCAAUUCUUCUUUCCUGGGAGUUGUUUUGAUUUGCUUUGUGGUGGGUCUUUUAAACAGAAUUAUCAAUCAGGCAAUCUGGAAAAAGAUAAAGUAAGAUACCCACCCACUUCAAUCUGUGCUUAUAGCUAAAAGUUAAUAAUUGGUUAGCACAUUCCCAAACUUCAGAUUGUUCUUCAGACUUAAAUGUCAGUGGCUAACUGGCAGGUCCAUAUCCUCUUUAAUAUGAGUGAGAUACUAAUGGAGAAAAGCAAAUUAAUUUUUAAAUUGAUCAUAUUCUGAUUUUGUUUUUGCUUGAGAUGGCAUAUUCCUUGAUAUGUGUUAUGUUAGAAUGUAAGUUGGAAGUGUUUGAUAUAGUUUAAGCUCUGAUAAUUGGGAGACAUAGUUGCUUUAUAUUGGCACGGAUGAUUAUGAUUACGUGUUUAAAAUUCAGAUACCUCUUGGGAUGCUCAGGUUUUUGUAGCAGUAUCUGGGGUGAGAUAAAUUAAAAAGUUAGUACUACAUAUGUGACAGUUAAGUAUAGGGGGCCUUUCAGUGACUCUUCAGUGAACUUUCAGAGAAUUUUUGUUUAGGGCAAAAGCAACAAAUGCAGCCUUUUAUUGAAUAUUUGUACUAAAUAUCUAACCAAUUAAAAACUGGAAUUGAGGUGCAAGUAUAAUUUAAUGCUAGCCCUUAAGGUAGAAGAAUCAGGAGUGGUGAUGAGGUGGCUCACUCCCUUGCCCAUCUCUUCAUAAAUUUUCUAUACUUUUCUUUCCCAUUCUAAAAAACUAGAAGCAUGAUAACAUCAAUUCUACAUGUAAACCAGGAUUAAUUUUGUUUGAACAACUUUGAACCAGGUAAAGAUGGCAAAAGGAAUCACAGCAUGUGAUGCUGCAGCUUUGCAGAUAUUUUUGCAACAUCCCUUGAAAAGCUGUAUUCUCCAGUUUAGUAACAGCCUAGCUCAGAUUUAAUGGUGUGUACGAUGUUCACAUUCCAUGCAUUGAAGUGGAAAAAUUAUUCAUAAAGCAUAAAAGACAUAGUUGUUUCCAAUAGUUUAAGAUGUUUUCUUGUGAAUGAGAAGGCAUAAAAACAGGAUGAGGGAAAUGAAAAUUAGAUUUUAGGAAAUAGUAGCCAUGGAAAAAGAGAACUGUGAAAGAUAAUUGAAGCCCUAGAAUGCUAUUUUUUUAGUUCAGCUUCACUAGUUGUUAAUACAUGAAGUUUAUUGGCUACAACCAUAAAAGCAUAAAUACUGUAUGCUUUAAAAAUGAAAGCUGGGAUGCUCAGGAUAUUAAUUUCUAAUACUAAAGAUUCUAUACUUGUAUGAUGUCAAAUACAUACUGCCCUGGAGAUGAGGAAAUAAGCCUAUGUAUAUUCUUAGUCUGAUAAUGAUGCAUAUUUUACUGGCCUCUUGCAACCCAUAUAUCACUAUAGCUUUAUAGCUACAGUUUUAAAUUCUGAGAACCUAUAGGUUCAAUCUGACAGCUACAGAUGUCUGUAGUCUGCUACCAUUAUGCCACAAGGAAGGAAUUUUGCGUUAUGACAUGGUGACCCAAGACCCAUGCUUUUAUACUUCCAUUUCCAUUGCAAUGCACAUUUUGUCACUUGCCUCUAUUUGUUCACCCAUGGAUGCCUAUGGUUUCAGCUAUAGAGAUUUUGGAAGUGAUAUCCCAGAAUCAUAUUGUGUUUCUAGUACAGUUUAUCAGCAACUGCUUUGUUGCUGACUGUUGCUGUCUUUUGUUUUCAAGGUUUCUGAUCAAGGUUCCAAGCUGUGGAAUUGCUCAGAGUCUCCUAUCUUGCCUGUUUCAGGGAAUAGUGUAAGAUACACUCACUUCAUGGUGGCAGCCUACAUUAGUAAGCAAAAUAUUUUUACACAUGGAUACCUCUAAAGAUUUAUAAGAUAAAACCUCCAAACAGAGAAAAUGGGAGGAUCUCAGCUGGUUUACAGCGAGAUAUUUGUUUUGAUUAGAAAAUAUGAUAUUUGGCAUACUAGAAAAAUAUUAACAGUAGAAGAGUUGCAACUGUCUCCUAUUGCUGGUGGAAAAUGAUUUAAAUCUUAAAUCCUCAAAAAUAGCCAGUAUUACCCAAACCUAUAUUUGGGAAUUUAGAAAUUUUGAGCUUACCAGAGUAGCAUUAAAUAUGAAUUCAUAUCAGGUUUUAGACUUUAGCUAAUCAAACUUCUGUUAUAGAAGGAAGGACAAGCUAGGUCUGAUUAUAAAGUGCUCCAGUUGCACAUUGUGAUGUUUUUGUUUCUUAGAACAUUUACCACAAAAAUGGGUAAAAGUGGACAUAUAUGCUAAAUUUUCCUCCUGGUACCAAACAUUCAGCAACUCCUUAAUGUGUUUAGACAUACAGCUCCAAGCUCCAAAUUUUAUGCAUGCUAAGGAAGUAAAUUAGAAUGAAAAUUCAUUUUAAAUCUUCCUUCAAAAUUAAUGUGGAGCUUAAUCCCAAAGAAUGUCUUUUCAUAACGUUAUUAAGACAGGAGUGCUCUGGGUCAUGCUAAGGUUAAUCUGCAAGAGGAGUUCACUCUGUCCCAUGGAAUAUUCUGCUUGUCAGAUUUGCUGUUGCUGGCCAGCUUCUUUUUAUAGAGGACUCAAAAGUUUCAGAAAUAUAUUUUUGUAGACAAUAACUAAACUGUGAAACUUAAUAAGGCAUGUAAAAGCAUUUCCAAUGUUUCCUGUACAGAUUUUUCUCCCUUCAAUUCCCUCUUGGCUUUUGUUAGAAGUUUGACAGUUUCUUGAAUAUAUUUUAAUAAAUAUUUCGUUUACGGUUA